UUAUUUCGAAGAAACUUUACAACAAACAGGUCAUUACUUUCAGGGAAUUAGAUAUAAAAUGAGUAAACAGACAGAAGCAAGUUCUGAUGUUGCAGCAAAAGUGGAAACACCAAAAAAAGCAAGAGUUCUUGAAAAACGACGUUCCACCAAAACAUUGCAUAAACAAAAGAGCAAUUUGAUUGCAGUAAAAACCGCAGUGACAGUUACCCGAUACCAAUGUGCCACCAAACAAAGGAACCCGCAAAUUGACAUCCAAAAUAAAACAGUUUCUGAAGUUAAAGAAGAACUUGUUAGGAAGAAAAUACUUUAUGAAGAUCCCGAGUUCCCAGCGGACGGGAAUGCUCUCUUUUAUAGCCCCCCACACCAGCGCCCACGAAUGGACGUCGAAUGGAAAAGGCCACAUGAUAUUUCUAACGACCCACAGCUGUUUGUUGGAGGAGCUAGCAGGUUUGACAUCAUGCAAGGAGAACUUGGUGACUGCUGGUUGCUGGCAGCAAUAGCAUCUUUAUCACUAAAUGAUGACCUUCUGUAUCGUAUCAUCCCACCAGACCAAAGUUUUUCUCAAGACUACUGUGGCAUGUUCCACUUCCAAUUCUGGCAGUAUGGAGAAUGGAUUGACGUCAUGGUGGAUGAUCUUCUCCCUACAGUGCGUGGUAAACUUGUCUACUUACACUCAGCACAAAACAAUGAGUUUUGGAGCGCUCUGCUUGAAAAGGCGUAUGCCAAAUUAAAUGGCUCUUAUGAGGCCUUGAAAGGAGGCAGUACCACCGAAGCUAUGGAGGAUUUCACUGGAGGUGUAACUGAAGUUAUUGACCUGAAAGAAGCUCCUAACAACCUCUAUAGUGUAAUGCACAAGUCAUUGAAAAAAGGUGCACUUAUGGGGUGUGCUGUUGAGACCACCAGUAAGUCUCAAAGGGAAGCAAAGCUGAGUAAUGGUUUGUUGAUGGGCCAUGCGUACAGUAUCACAGGUCUCGAUAUUUUGCGCAAUGGUGUAAAGUUGGUUCGUGUCCGCAAUCCAUGGGGACAGGUUGAAUGGAAUGGAGCGUGGAGUGACGGUUCCUCAUCAUGGAACAGGGUGCCUGAUGAAAAGCAGAGACUUGAUGUCGAGUUUGGUGAAGAUGGGGAAUUCUGGAUGAGUUAUGAGGACUUCUGCCGCUGUUUCACAAAGCUUGAGAUCUGCAAUUUAGGUCCGGAUGCUGUGGAAGAUGAUGAUGUGAGUACACAGUGGAUCACUUCUCUUCAUGAAGGAAGAUGGACAAGAGGUUGCACUGCUGGGGGAUGCAGGAAUUUUCCAGAUACUUUCUGGGUGAAUCCUCAGUUCCGUUUAAUCUUGGAAGAGGAAGAUGAUGAUCCCGAUGAUGAUGUUGUGGGAUGCAGUUUCAUCCUCUCACUGAUGCAGAAGAACAGGAGGAAGCAGAAGGUGAAGGGACAAGGACUUCUCACCAUAGGAUUUGCUCUUUACAAAUUAAAAGAGUCGGUGGCACCCAACCAGACACUAAAGAAGGAUUUCUUCCUUUACAAUCAAUCUGUAGCUCGAUCCAAGAACUUCAUCAACCUUCGAGAGAACUCCCAGAGGUUCAAACUUCCUCCUGGAGAAUACUGCAUCGUUCCGUCCACGUUUCAACCGAAUGAAGAGGCAGAUUUUGUCCUCCGAAUCUACACUGAGAAACGAGCAGAAACUGGGGAACUUGAUGAAGAGACAAAACAGACAGUUCCUGUGGCCCCUGAACCUGUUCCUACUGAUAUAAGGAAAGAGAAACAAAGACCUAAGGAUGAAAAUGAGAAUGACAAGAAAUUUAAGAAGUUAUUCGACCAACUUACUGGAGAGGAUGGAGAAAUUGAUGCAUUUGAACUUCGAGAUAUUAUUAACUCUGUCAUGAAAAAGAGUGAGUGUUAGUUUAAUAAAUAUCGUAUAA